CUCCAUACAUUGUGAGCUUUUUUCCCAAUACUUCUCUCUUUCCUUUUUUUUUUAAUCUCUGAAAAUUUAAAACCUUUCAUUGGUCAUCAUCAUCAACCAGACUUAACCACCAUGGCUGGGCUAAAGAAAGAGUUGAAGAGCAGUGUCUAUGGCACUUCAAAGAGAAAGUCUGGCCAUGGCUUCUCAAGGAAGUGUGCUUCCUUGGUUAAGGAGCAACGUGCCCGAAUCUACAUCCUCCGCCGCUGCGCCACCAUGCUUCUCUGCUGGUACAUCCAAGGAGAUGACUAGCCCACCCACCACCACCACCACCCUCCUCCAA